GAUCCGGAUAUGCAUCUUUUCGUCGUCUUCACGUCACAAAUCUUCGUUCUCGAGCGGCUGUUCUUCCGCGAAUCGUCUCUCAGUUGCAGCUUCGUUCGUAAUUUAACAUCUUCAACGAUUUGAGCUACGGCAAUAUUGGCCACAAGCACAGAGCCAUUGACAUUAGGGAGGAGGCAGCAUUGGUGUAAUAUUUUGGUGGUGGUGAUAUUUUCACAUUUCAGCGGGGAUAAGUGUUGAAGAAUAAGUUUGGAAAUGAGUUCGGAUAGCAGGAGUCGAAGCAGGAGCAGGAGCAGGAGCCCAGUGGCUCGUAAGAUCCGGUCUGAUCGUUUUUCAUAUCGUGAUGCACCAUACAGGAGAGAAUCACGUCGGGGUUUCAGUCGAGACAAUCUUUGCAAGAACUGCAAACGUCCUGGCCACUUUGCAAGAGAAUGCCCUAAUGUGGCAAUUUGUCACAACUGUGGUCUCCCUGGGCAUAUUGCUUCAGAGUGUACAACAAAGUCACUAUGCUGGAAUUGUCGUGAACCUGGUCAUGUUGCAAGUAGCUGUUCAAAUGAAGGUAUCUGCCACACCUGCGGGAAGGCAGGACAUCGAGCCAGGGAAUGCACAGCUCCUCCGCUGCCACCCGGGGACUUGAGGCUUUGCAACAAUUGCUACAAGCAGGGUCAUAUAGCAGCUGAUUGUACUAAUGAAAAGGCAUGCAACAAUUGCAGGAAGACAGGCCAUCUUGCUCGCGAUUGUCCAAAUGACCCUAUUUGCAACCUGUGCAAUGUAUCUGGGCACGUAGCCAGACAGUGUCCGAAAUCCAAUGUUCUCGGAGAACGGGGAGACCGAGGCAUCGGCAGUGGCGGUGGCAGUAUACGUGGUGGUGGUGGUGGUGGUUACCGGGAUGUUGUGUGCAGGACCUGCCAGCAGCUUGGCCAUAUGAGUAGAGAUUGCAUGAGCCCUUUGAUGAUUUGCCAUAACUGUGGGGGACGUGGUCACCUAGCAUACGAAUGCCCAUCGGGUCGGUUUAUGGAGCGUUAUCCCAGGAGGUACUGAAGACGUGAUUAGAAGGAGGCCUUCGGAUUUUGCUUCGAGUUUAGACAUUUUGGGUACUAAACUCUAUAGAUUGCUCUGCUCUGCUUGCUGCUUACAUGGUGGUAGUAUUUGCUCAUGUUGUUACCAAACAUUGUUUUGUGGGUUAGACCAUGAAUUUUUAGUAUUGUUUAUCUUGCUUCUUCUAUAUAUAAUAAGACUUCCUUUCAAUGAUUCAUCAGUUUAGUUUGUUCAUUUCACCCUUAACGAAAUUUCCUUGUAAAGUAUGAACUUUGACUCGCUUGUUAUCAACGACGUUGUGAGUUGUGCUCA